UGAUCCUCGUGCCUGAACUUGGAAGUGGACUUGGACAUCUCUGCAAGUCAUCUUCAGGCCAGUGGAGGGCACAAUGACUCUACAGUUGUUAUCAAACUCGACUCAUUUAGGAGGGUGGGGGUUAACAAACUAUUGCGCAUGUACACUAAACUCUGACCACCAUCCAGUGGGAUAAUCUUCUUCUAUGGAGAAAGCGUGGCGUGCCCGCCUGCCUAUGCAUUGGAUUUGAUUACGGUUGUGUUUCGGUCCGCGGUAUGGACUCUCAAAAAACACAUGAUGUGUCUGUCUUUCAGGAGGCCCUGCAAAGGAUAAUAACCACGUUGGCCAAUAAAAAUGAGGACGUCCAUAACUUCAUGGAAACACUUAGUCACUCUCUGGCCGGUGUCCAGGUGAACUCCACACAGGUGGUGUCCGACCUGGAGGAGGAGUUUGACAGGUUAUUCACCAUCCUGGUUGAGAUGAAGGAGAGCAUGAUCAACACCAUCAAACAGGAAGGGGCCAAGAAGACGCAGGAAAUACAGAAUCAACUGACCCAGAGCAGCGACGCCUUGGAGAGUGCCGAGGAGCUCCUGGAGUUCGCCAACAAUGCUCUGGAUGUUCAAGACGAGGACGAGUUCACUAAGGCUGCCAAGCAGAUCAAAGAUAGGGUAACCAUGGCCUCAGCCUUCAGACUGACCAUGAAGCCCAAGGUCACAGACAACAUGAACCAUCUGAUGGUGGACUUUACCCAGGAGAGACAACUUCUCCAGAACCUCAAGUUCCUGCCUGUCCCCUGGGCCCCAGAGAUGGAGGUAGGGGACUGUCUGGUGUUAGACAACACGGUGUCUGUAGCCUGGAAGAUGCCAGUGGAGGACAGCAAGAUAGACCACUACAUACUGGAGUACAGAAAGACCGACCACGAAGGGCUGCCACGUAUCAAAGACCAGCGGUGCUGGGAGGUGGUGGACAACAUCAAGACCACAGAAUACUCACUGUCCGGUUUAAAGUUUGACUCCAAGUUCAUGAACUUCCGGGUACGAGCAUGCAACAAGGCAGCAGCUGGAGAAUACUCGGAUCCAGUUACCCUGGAAACCAGAGCGUUUAACUUCGGCUUUGACUCGUCGUCGUCCCAUCUGAACCUGAAGGUAGAGGACAGGACUGUGGAGUGGGAUCCCCAGGGAGGCAAGGGGCUGGAGAGCAAGGUCAAGGGCAAGGAGAACAAGGGCAGAAGUGGAACUCCGUCUCCCAAGAGGACGUUGACGACUCGGUCGCCUGCCAUCAGAGGAAGCAGAGACCGGUUCACUGGAGAGUCCUACACCGUGUUAGGUGAUACCAGUAUGGACUGUGGUCAACACUACUGGGAGGUGAAAGCCCUUAAAGACUGUAAGUCCUACAGUGUUGGGGUCUCCUACAGGAACCUGGGAAAGUUUGACCAGCUGGGUAAGACCAACACUACCUGGUGUAUCCACAUCAACAACUGGCUACAGCCCUCCUUCGCUGCCAAGCACAACAACAAGGCCAAGAGCCUGGACGGCACGGCGCCUGGACGCAUCGGAGUCUUCUGUGACCUGGACUCAGGACAACUGUCCUUCUACAACGCUGAAACUAAGCAGCUGAUCCACACGUUCAAGGCUAAGUUUAGCCAACCUGUUGUACCAGCCUUCAUGGUUUGGUGUGGUGGACUGAGCCUCAGUACAGGGAUGCAGGUCCCCAGUGCAGUCAAGAGUUUCCAGAAGAACGAGAACGGCCUGGGAGGAUCCACCAGCAGCCUCAACAGCAUGGCCCAGUAGCCCAGACUGACUGGAUGCGUCUGGAACACCUAUUCCCUAGAACCCUCUAACUCAACUCUGGGGCUCCAGGCCAUUUCCACUGCGUUUUUCAUUGUCCCCCUCUAAUCAGGGACUGAUUUAGACCUGGGACACCAGGUGGGUGAUUCCCCUCUAAUCAGGGCCUGAUUUAGACCUGGGACACCAGGUGGGUGAUUCCCCUCUAAUCAGGGACUGAUUUAGA